AUGCCCGGAGUUUCCGUCAAGGACAUCGAGUCCCACAAGUUCGUCGCCGCCUAUGCCGCUUUCUUGAAGCACUCCAACGAGCUUCCUCCCCAGGACAUUGACUGGUUCUACGUCCGCGCCGCCGCUGUCGCCCGCCACGUCUACAUGCGCAAGACCGUCGGUGUCGGCCGCCUCCGCAAGGUCCACGGCUCCACCAAGAACCGCGGCUCGCGCCCCUCCCACCACGUCGACGCCUCCGGCUCCGUCGACCGUAAGGUCAUGCAGGCUCUCGAGAAGAUCGGUGUGCUCGAGCAGGACGAGGACAAGGGUGGCCGCCGCAUCACACAGUCCGGCCAGCGUGACUUGGACCGUAUUGCGCAAACCACUCUCGAGGCUGAGGAGGAGGAGGAUGACGAGUAG